GCGACCACGCAGUCUCGUUGCCCGUCGCCGUCGGCCGUCGCGUCGCGUUGCUCUGCCGCAUAUCAGAAGCAGGUUUACAUGGCAUUUUUUCUUCUGUGAUUUUUCUGCCCUAACGAUGAUGCAGGAGCAAGGUCAACGUCAGUGCAUCACCCGCUUCCAGUUCCAGGCUUCCAGCACUCCCUCCGGGCUCCGGUUUAAAGCCUUUCUCCCUCUGCUCGUUCCCUCCACCGCCCAAGCCGCCUCACGUGCCUCGCGCGCUUCCACCAGCUGCACCGUGCACCGGCCUGUCGCCGGCUCGCCGCAGCGCGUCGUCUCGAAGCACAGGCGCCAGCGCCCACCCAUGGCCUCGUCACGGCACGCUCUGCCGCUGCUCCUCCUCUUCCUCCUCGCAGCCGUGGUGGCGGCGGCGGCGGGGGAGCUCACCACGGCCCUCCACGCGCGCAUGGCGGCGGAGUGGGCGUGGUCGGCGGCGGGGGCGUCCGACGACGACUCGUGCUGGGGCUCCCCGGAGGAGUGCCCCGUCGUGUUCGACGUGGACGCCGAGGGCGGCGCCGGCGUCGUCGGCGCCGCGGCGAGGGCCCGGUUGCGGCUGCAGGAGGCGGCGUACUACGACGUGAACACCGCGGCGGACCUGUUGCCGACGGCGCAGCACAUCAGCUACGGCGCGCUGAUUCGGGACUCGGUGCCGUGCUCCAUCCCCGGCGCGUCCUACUACAACUGCCAGCCGGGCGCCGAGGCCAACUCCUACACGCGCGGCUGCUCCGAGAUCGCCCAGUGCCGCGGCUAGCUCCUCCGCCUACCUCGCCGUCUCCUGCUGCCGCGGCCGUCGCUCUCCUCCUCUCUCUGGUCAUCUGCUUGAUGGCCUCGUUGCCUCCAAGGGAAGAAACUGGGAGAGAUUUGUAGUACCCCCUGCUGAUAC